GGCGGCCGUAACCAUAGAACUUUUGUGGACGGCAUUGCCAUCGAGGCAACCCUGACCAGUUAUUUACCGUCAAUCUACGUUGCGUGCUGUGUUCGACUCAGUCGUGAGGCGAAGGGGCGUCACAGCUGACCCAACAAAAGAAAAUCAUCGGCGCUUCGCACACCCGCGUGCUAGUUGAACAAGCCAACCUCGUGUUGGGCUUUUUUCCGGUCUCAUAAAAUUAUUCUUAAAGAUUUAUCCACGACACGCGUAAUUCCCAGUCGAGCGUUGGAGGCGGCGGGUAAGGCGACGCUGUUUGGCGGAGGUGCUGCCUCGUACCCUGCAUGUGUGCAUCUUAGAUCGCUCAACCAACCCCACGGGGCAUCUUUGUGAGAGCUUUCAACGUGGGCAGUUGAAAGAGGCUUAGAGAUUUUCAUUCCUUGGUAUUGGUCUUGAUUUAAAAUGCACCGUGUCGGGGUUAGGAAAUAGGCCUUGUGCUAACCCGUUGCCGCUCUGUGAUCCGCAAAUGCUAGACGCGGAGCCUGCGGAGUGAGCGGAUGUUGGUCUUUGCCUCCGUCAGUGACAUUUUGUUAACAAAACACACGCGGACUUAAGAAUUCAUCAUGGAAUUAUAAUUGAAUGAAAUGUAUAUAAAGUGUACAUGCCUUGGCAUGGGAAAUGGGCGCUGUGCAAUUACAAGUACAUGUAUCAUUAAUCUCCCGCGGCAUCCUACUACACAGCAACCAUGAGCGGCUUGUACAAACAACUCUUCAAGUCUAUGCAACUCCCACCAGCCUCUGCUAUUGACGGCCGUACUGUUCUCAUCACCGGUGCCAAUACGGGUCUUGGCAAAGAGGCGGCAAGGCACGCCUUGGGCUUGGGUGCAAGGGCCGUCAUUCUCGGCGUCCGAUCUCUCGAAAAAGGAGAACAAGCCAAGGCUGAUAUUGAAAAUUCUACAGGGCACGCGGACCGAAAGCAAGUUUUGGUCUGGAAGCUUGACCUGGAGUCAUUCGACAGUGUCAAGGCAUUCGCUGCACAAGCGAAACAAUACGUGGAAGAUGGAGGAAGCAUUGACUAUGCCAUUAUGAAUGCCGGAUUAGCAACACAGGAGUUUCAUCUGACCAGCGACAGUUGGGAGAGAACUCUACAAGUCAAUGUGCUCUCGACUGCUCUGUUAAGCAUCAAGAUGCUUGCUGUGCUUCAGCGCAGCGCAGCUCUCAACGCCUCACCGCCGCCAACCCUCACAAUUACAGCCAGCGAUGUUCACAAACACGUCAAAUUUACAGAACGGGACUCACCUUCUCUUCUCUCUUCUCUCAAUGACAAAGACAAUUGGCAAGCGUCACAGUCAGCAGGCGGCCCCGUGGAGCGGUAUGCCGUGACAAAGCUGUUUAACAUUUUCAUUACGGAGGAGCUUGCGCGCCUCACCCCAAGAGGCAAAAACGGCGACCCCCACGUCCUUGUAAACACCUUUACCCCAGGAUUCUGCAAGUCGGACUUGCUCACCCGAGAAAAGGCACCAAUUAUGCUCAUAAUGGUGCAGGCGGCGAUUGCUAGAACGGUGGAGGAGGGGAGCAAGACAUUGCUGCACGCGGCAACAAUGGGCGUGGCGUCGCAUGGCAAAUGGAUGGAGCAUGAAGAAGUGGCCAAUCCUGGCGCAAUAGUGACCAGCCCUGAGAUGCAAGCUGUAAAGCAGCGGUUCUGGGACGAGAUGGAAAGCAUUCUGGUGAAAAUCGACCCUGAAGUGCCCCUUUUAACGGCAAGCACCUGAGCGCAUUGUUAUUUUUUUUUGUUUUGGGCUUCCAAUAUUUGUUCUUUUCAGCCGGGCAGCAACACCAGCGCCGCGGGGGGCAGCGCCGUGCAUCCGUUAGGCUGAAGCGCCGCCCUGUGGAAAAUCGGCGGCGGUGCGUGCAGGCGACAGGCAAGCAAGCGCUGGGAGAGGCAGCCGAAAUAGGAGGAAAGCCCUUUGUAUUUAUAUAUGUAUUCACCGCCUCCCCUCCUCCUCCGGGAAAUAUUCACAGUCGGUGUAUUGCAUCGCGAUAACAUUCUCUCUUUUUUUUCCAAGCCACGCCCUAUAGUGACUGGUCCCCUCCCCAUCUUUUCUACUAAACGCUUUAAUUUAGCUCUUCGCGUGCUCCAUCGCCAGAUCCCUCCCGCGCUGCAACGCCACGCCACCCCGUAUAAUUUCUGUUUUUAGCGGUCUUGCCCCCCCUGUAGCCCUUGCCACAACGCACGCAGCUAGCGCUAAGUUACAGUGCAUUCCUUGCGUGCUUCCCCACUCCCAAACCGCUUUC